AUGGAUAGAGACAGAAAUUAUGGCGGAAGAGGUGGUAGCGGUCAACGCUAUGGCGGAGGUAGCAGGGUUCGGAAACCUUUUCCUGAAGAGCCUCCUUAUACAGCUUAUGUUGGUAAUUUGCCCUUUAAUUGUGUUCAAAGAGACCUAGAGCAAAUUUUCAAGCACUUAGAUGUGGUUAGUGUACGUUUGGUCCGUGAUAGAGAAACCGACAAAUUCCGAGGCUUUUGUUAUGUAGAAUUUUCAUCACCUGAAGGAUUGAAAGAAGCUCUUGAGUACAAUGGAUCGGAAUUUGAAAAUAGAAAUAUAAAAGUUGAUAUCGCUGGUGGUAAAAGAAACGAUCGUGGUGGCGGCAAUGGAGAUCGCGAGCGCGGUGAUCGCGGUGAUCGCGGUGAUCGUGGUGAUGGCGAAGGACAAUAUGGUAGAAGAGAUGGUGGUCGAUACCGUGAUAAUUCAUAUGGUGGCGGACGCGGAGGUCCGCGCCGCGGUGGAUAUCAGAAUUAUCGAGGUCGAGGCCGUGGCGGCAGCAGCAGCAGCAGCAGUAGGCCACCACCGGAAGAAUUUCGUGAACCUUCCCCUGAAACUGCUUCUCGUCGACCUAAGUUGAACCUGCAACCGAGAUCGGUAGGUGCGCCAGCUUUAUCUGUUGCUUCAGAUACCAGGAACUUAUUUGGAGGAGCACGGCCACGAAGCUGGAAAGAUGGCAAUGAAGCAGGAGACGAUUAA